AUGAGUUGUAACGAUCACAAAUACGAAGUUAUCACAAGGAACUUACAGGAGGUUGUGGGAGAUGAGGAACUACGCGCUUUGUUGGGUCGGGAUGAUCCCGUUGCCGUCUACUGGGGUACAGCCACGACAGGCAGGCCUCAUGUGGCGUACUUUGUUCCCGUACUCAAGUUGGCCGACAUGUUACAUGCGGGUUGCAAGGUGAUCAUCUUGUUCGCCGACUUGCACGCCUAUUUGGAUAACAUGAAGGCUCCAUGGUCGCUUCUUCGUCAUCGCACCCGUUAUUACGAAGCUGUAAUCAAAGGGAUGCUUAAGUCCAUCAACGUGCCCUUAGACCGCCUGAACUUCAUUCGAGGUGCAGAUUAUGAACUAACAGAGCCAUAUUCGACUGAUUUGUAUCGUUUGCUGUCAGUCACAUCGGCUCAUGAUGCGCGAAAGGCUGGUGCAGAAGUCGUGAAGCAAGUAUCUAAUCCUCUCGUGUCUGGUUUGCUGUAUCCGCUGCUCCAAGCGCUAGAUGAGAUUCAUUUGGGUGUGGACGCCCAGUUUGGUGGGGUGGAUCAAAGAAAAAUUUUCAUGUUUGCUGAAAAAUACUUGCCUCAUUUGGGACAGAAAAAACGCAUACAUCUCAUGAACCCUAUGGUUCCGGGUUUGACGGGAUCCAAGAUGUCCUCGUCAGAUGCAGACUCUAAAGUUGAUCUACUGGACCCACCGGAUCUAGUGGAGCAGAAGUUACUGAAUGCCGCUUGUCCCCUCAACAUGUCUGCGGAGCAAGGCAAUGGAGUGCUGGCCUUUGUGAAAUACGUGGUUUUUCCUCUGCUUUCUUCCCAAGGCCUCUCUAUCCCCGAUGAGGACCGUGUAUACAAGGAUUACCCACAUUUUGAAGCGGACUUCCUCUCCGGUCGGCUGACGUCGGAUGCGGUGAAGCGCGUUGUGAUUAGUUGUCUGAAUGGCCGACUGGACGUCAUUCGCGCAGAUUUUGAGGACUCGGCUUUGCAGACUUUAAUGCAGCUGGCUUAUCCCUCGUCGAAUGCUCUGGAUCCAUCAACAGCGGGGGAUGCCUUUCCGAUUAACAUGGAAGAUGUCGCAUCUGGCGUGCCGCGCAGAUUGGCAGAACUGGAGCGGAGUAUCCCACCCGUUCGUGACCUGAGCACUUUGCUGUCAACAUUCGAAGAUGAAUUCCCCGGUUAUCGCGCUGCCGUGUCCUCUCGAUUGUCACACGCCACACAUGUGCGGUGCAUGUGGAGCGUCACCCCAUCUGGGUUGAUCCAUUUGGGCCAUAGUAUUCCUCUACGAAAAUUGGCACGACUUUCUCAACUCGAUGGAGUACAUAUAAUUAUCUUAGUGAACAACAUAGCUGCGCAUUUGCGCGGUACAUCACCCUGGGACCUCGUUCAACCGCGUGGGGAAUUUUGCCGUGUGGUCGUCACUGCCAUGUUUAACGCCCUUGGUGGUCGAUCAGCGCAAAUGACGUGCCUACUUGGGACAGACUUCCAACUGGCAGGUGACUACAUGCUGGAUUUCUACCGCCUAGUCAGCCUUGUCCCCGAAUCCGAUUGCAUUGCGGCCAGUGAUUCUUCUGGUAUAGAUGCCGCUGCGGACGCGAAUGGAGCCCCAGUGGAAUCUAAACUUGGCACGCAAGCUGGUGCAGGCCGUGUUUCUCUGGGACAACUUAUACUACCUUGUAACGAUUUAGUGGACACUAUCUAUCUCGGUGCGCAUGUCCGUGUGGCCAGUCAAGAGCGAUCGCAAAAGCGCCGCGUCUUUGAACAGCGUUUUAUUUCCAUGCUCACCACGUGCCCUGCCACCGUGCAUCUGAGUCAUCCUCUUCUUCCGAGUUUGCAAGUAGACACCAAUGCACCCGGUGGUGGUGAGCCGGACGGUCCUAAAUCACAGCCCUUCUUCCGUCCGAUGCGUACGUGUCCUCCUGCUUCUCGUUGUCAAGGUCCCGCAGCCACUCUUGCCUUGGCCAAUCUAGCAGAAGAUUGUACAUUACCCGUCGUGGAGCCGCCAUUACCUGGGAUGGAAAAAACAGCCCUCGCUAGUCUGAAACGCCGACUCAAACGAGCCUUCUGUCAGCCCGGCAACGUGUCAAUCAAUCCUGUGCUCGAAGUGUAUCGGUCGGUCAUACUACCCCAAUUACCUAUAGAUUCUCCUCUUAUUAUUCCACGGUCGGAGAAAAACGGCGGUCCGCUUUACAUCGAGUCUCCUAAUGGAGUCGCAGAUGCUGCGUCUCGAUGGGAAGCUUUGCAGGCUGCGUUUGAACAAGAAAUUCUGCAUCCGGCGGACUUAAAGCUGGCCGUGGAGUCACUUCUCUCGUCUGGCACCACAGACCUUAUUAGACGCCUUUCACACACAUUGCCUCCGUGGGAUCAGCUCAUGACUUUGCUCGAUGCAGCUUUUCCAAUACCUACAGGUGCGGGAUCGGCAAAGCAAAAAUCCAAGGCGAGGGGAGACGCUUCUCAUAGACCGAGAGAAGCGGAAAACAAAGUUACGACAAACGGUCCCUUGCCGAACUCUUUAUCUGCCACAAAGAACUCCGUUGACUUGGAUCCAAAUCGUUUGGAUAUACGAGUUGGGCGCAUCCUCUCUGCGGUUAAGCACCCAGAUGCAGACAGCCUGUAUGUGGAGCGAGUAGACUUCGGACCCGAAUUUGGACAGCGCACGGUGGUCAGCGGAUUGUCCGGCUUGUAUCCCCUGGAAUGGCUUCAGGGUCGACGCAGCGUUUUCAUUGUCAAUCUGAAGCCAAUUCGCAUGAGGGGCGUGGAAUCACAGGCCAUGUUGCUUUGUGCUUCGCAUGAAUCUACACCUCCGAAUGGUCCACGUCUCAUCCGACCCUUGGAAGUGCCGUCAAAUGCAGCCACCCCCCUCGGCACACGUCUGGUAUUUCAUUCUCGCACUAGCGAUAGUCACAUCGUUGAUCCUGAUCCCGUAAUCAAUCCGAAGACCCAUCUAUGGGAGCGUCUCCAACCAGAUUUGAACGUUUCCCCUGACGACCGGCGCAUUCGGUGGAAAGAUUGGCCACUGGGUGACAAAUCAGCCACACAUUGGGCUCAUGCGUCUGAAGAUUUGCCCAGUGGAGCAUCUGUGUCUUAG